AUGCUAUUCAUCCACAGCCAUCGUCUCAUUGACCUGUACCGACUCAUAAAAUGCGAUACGGGAGACGGGACCCAGCUUAUGCAGUUCGUUGAUGUGCCUGCGAUAUUUCCCGACAUUGGCACUCGUUUGUCUGUUCGGCACAACUGUUUAGAAGUCGUUCGGCUUUUUGGAUUCACACCUGCUAUGCCUCGACUGUCUAAAGAACAGAGAGAGGAAGAGAAGGAAAUGCUAGACAAAGGCUUCUCUCAGAAUGAAAUUUCCAGAAGAAUGAAUACAUCUCGGAAAACUAUCCACGAUUUGGCCCGUAGGAUAAAAACAACGGGGUCAACUGAUGACCACCCACGCACAGGGCGACCUCGGAUCAUCCCGAGCCGAGAUGAAACGUGGCUAGAAUGUGCUGACAAAGAGAGGCCAUUCGUAUGCGCAGAGUGUGGCAAAACUUUCAAACUCUUCCAUAGUCUCAAGAGGCAUAUAAUGACUCACCAGGACGAACGCCAAUACAAAUGUGAUCAGUGUGGCCGAGGUUUUAUUAGUUCUGCUAAUUUCAAGCGACACAUGCGUACUCAUACUGGAGAAAAACCUUAUAUUUGUGAAUACUGUGCUCGAGGUUUUGCUGACUUGGGUUCUGUAAGGAUACACAUCCGUACUCACACGGGAGAACGUCCUUACAAAUGUCACUUGUGCAGCAAGACAUGUGCAACAGCUGGCAAUCUCCACGCUCACAUGAAAAUACAUAGAGAUAAGAAUGGAGGAGAGGUACCCCAGCCAUUAUUGGUGAAUCCCCCAAGAUACAAAUCUGUGCCUAUCUUUCCACAGAUGGAACUGUUGAAAGCUAGAAACCAACAAGCAUUGAAAGAACAGUCAGAUAAUGCUGAGGAUAGUGAAGCAUUUGAUGAAGAUAUGAUUGUCAAAGAGGAGAAUGAAUCUAAUGAAUGUAAUGAGGACGGCCUUGAGGACCACCAAGAUGAGGACUGCCUUGAGGACCACCAAGAUGAUCCACAUAUGCUCAGUGUGGAUGUGUCUUCCAGUUCUGUAACCAAUUUUCAAAAGUAUCUGCCACCUGAAAAAGACCCUGAUGCGUUUGAGGAUCAACCUAAAGACAUGGACUUUCAGAAGAGGUUCUGCCAAGCAAUUGUAGCAUCUUCUGAAUCUGAACUGCCUAUUCCUGUUGACCAUAUCAAGAAAGAACCUGACUUUGAGGAAGAGAGAAACUGAUGUGGCUGUUCCACUGAGUGCCCUACAUUUUCUUGUCAUGUGUGUCUAGGUCUUAGUAACUGCAAUAGGCUGUAGUCUUGUAGUUCCAUGCUUGUGGGUUUCUUUAAGGAACAUGACCUGCAUUACUGAGGAUGUAAUCCAAUAUUAACCUGCUACCUCGAUGUAACAGACAUCUGCUGUGGUCAAGUGAACAGAGCAUCUGUUCCAACAACAGGAGCUUGUCUGUUCAUUCCUCUAGCCAUGUUACACCAAAAACCUAUGAUUUUUCUGUUUUGUUUUGUAUGCCCUAAUGUCGUGAUCAUGGAGGUGACAUUCGCAAAUUGUAUACUGUGGUUGUUUAAUGCUGCAAUAAAAUAUUUCAGCUAUG